UUCUCAGCAAGUGCGUUCACGUCUCAACAGUAGCAGCAGCAGCAGCAGCGGCUCGAUGGUAUCGCAUCCUAGUCGUUAUCGGGCUUCGAAGAGAUAAAUCGCAAUUUGAAUACGAUAGGUGGGUAUAGCCUAUCAUCCUCCCUUCACUAAAGCAUGGCUGAGCCCGAGCUCCUCCUGGACUCCAAUAUUCGUCUUUGGGUUGUGCUGCCAAUAGUGUUUAUUACGUUCCUGGUUGGAGUGAUACGCCACUACGUGUCAAUUCUGUUACAAAGCGACAAGAAGCUCACGUUAGAGCAAGUUUCAGACAGCCAGGUUCUCAUCAGGAGCAGAGUUUUACGGGAAAAUGGAAAAUACAUCCCUAAACAAUCUUUCUUGAUGAGAAAAUUCUACUUCAAUAAUCAAGAAGAUGGAUUUUUCAAGAAGACCAAAAGAAAGGUGGUCCCGCCAUCUCCGAUGACUGAUCCCAGCAUGUUGACGGACAUGAUGAAAGGCAAUGUGACAAACGUCCUGCCUAUGAUCCUUAUUGGUGGUUGGAUCAACUGGACCUUUUCUGGGUUUGUCACAACAAAGGUACCGUUUCCUCUCACGCUCCGCUUUAAGCCCAUGCUGCAGCAGGGAAUUGAGUUGCUCUCCCUAGAUGCCUCCUGGGUGAGUUCAGCAUCUUGGUAUUUCCUAAACGUCUUUGGUCUCAGAAGCAUGUAUUCUCUGAUUCUAGGACAAGACAAUGGUGCAGAUCAGUCUCGCAUCAUGCAGGAACAGAUGAGUGGUGCUGCAAUGGCAAUGCCUGCUGACACAAACAAAGCAUUCAAGGCGGAAUGGGAGGCUCUGGAGUUGACGGAUCAUCAGUGGGCAUUAGAGAAUGUUGAGGAGGAUCUGAUGAGUAAGGACUUGGACUUGUCUGGGAUGUUCAGCAAAGAGUUGCCAACGGGCAUCUUCUAAGUGCCUGUCCACUACUGAGAGGUUCUGGCGGACUUCCCUGAGAAUUGUCAGACUGUCAGAGUUUUGGGAGUGACAAAUCGCUUUCAUUCAGAUUUCGUCUUUUCCUAGAAAGUGUCAUAAACCUCAUUGCAGACAUAUCACAUUUUGUGUAACGCGCAUGCACCAUUCCCUCCAUUGUUCAUUAUUGCUCAGAUGUAAGCGUGAGCUUUAUGGAUUAUCUCUUGCGACUGCAUUCAAACAACGCAACUGAAACAUUACAGAGCACACUAUAAUGUAGAGCGUGUCCUGGUAUUCUUCAAAACAUUCCCUGACGAUUAUGGCUAUGUCUUUGUUUUUCUUUUAACACAAUAACAUUUUUAUUUUAUUAGCCCCAUUACUUUAUUUAACUAGGACCAUUUGAUUGUGUUUGGACCAAGUAGGCAAAAAUGAAGAUUUAGAAAGUGAUGACCUUUUUAAAAAGUGGAUCAGACCAUAACAUAGGUUCAGUUACUUGCAUAAUAUUUUCCUAAAUUUACUAGUGUUUUUUUAGAUGCUUUCUUAUGCCAAUACACCAUGCACUGAGUAUGUAGUGAAAAGACAUCCUCAUUACAGAUUAAGUUUUAUUGCCAUGUUUAAUAUAUUUAUUUGACUUUUAAUAAAUGUCAUUUUUGGUUUUGUUAAAUAAAUGUUCCUUACUACAUUUACUGGAUCUGUACUUAAUACAGCUGUUUCACUAAAUAGUAAUGCUUUGUUCUGUAUUUUUGUUUUAUUAUUUUAUUUCUCUACCACUGUUGGGAAAAAAAAAGUCCACCAUUGCAGCUCCUUUGACCCCAUUUACUUAUUAACACCUGCCGAUUCAUCGAAGAACACAGUUUCAAAGAAAAUUAUAUGAUUUUUCUUUUUCUAUUUAAAGGUUUUACCUGACAUUACCAAACCUUAAUGCGAAGACCUGCAUGUGUUGGAUCUUGGUCACUUCUAAAAACUGGCCAA